AUGGGCAGGAUUUGUCCCAUACUACAUCAUCCUCUUAAUGAUGGAGUUUUAAUCGAUGAUGAUGCUAUAAUACAUUUUAUACAUAAAAGGAAUGUAGAUUUUCUACGAACUGAACUUGUGUGCCGGUCAUGUAAACAUGAAGUUACGAAAUUAUACAAUAAAAAAUUAAAAAAAGCACGCAAAUUGCAUGAAUUGCGUAAAACCCGUUUACACGACGGCUCACUAUCCACAUUUAAAACAAGUGAUGUGUCGUCUGCUGUGUCGGUAACAUUCGACAGUGGCAGAACAAGUUCCAUUGAGCGAAAUAACCAUAGUAUAAAUUCUGGUAAAUUUAUGAACACAACACCAGGCAAUGUCAUUUCUGAGAAUCAACAAAAUUCAGCGACUACAUCCGACCGUUCCCUAGAAAAUGGUAGAGAGAGCAUUGUUAGUAUAACAUCAAGUAGCUUUGAGCAAAAUAACCACAGUGGACAUUCAGCCAAAGUUAUUGCCAAACCAAUAUCUCUUACAUCAGACUCUUCGAGCCAAGAGUCUGAUGUAGUUAGAAGACAUUCGCAACAUCCUUCAACAAGCAAAGGGACGACUACUACUUCUCAGCCCGCUGUAAACUCUAAUAAACGUCCCAUAUCCGCUAUUAUUGAUAGUGAUGACGAAAGCCUUAGUUUAAAUGCUGUUAAUGGUAUGCGUCUACCUCAUAUACAGCCUCUUCCACCCAAACGCAAACCAGUUACUUCAAAUUCUUUGGCACGAGAUAUUAUGGAUGAAUACAUAAAGGACGUUACCGGAGGUUGAUCGAUUUAUUUAUUACUAUGACCGCCGGGUGGUCAAAAUUCGACCACUAAUACAAAAAUAUUUUUCACGUUUUUUUUUUUUUUUUUUUCAUACUUAAAAGUGAACCACAAAUG